AUGUGUACUGUGAACAGCCAUGGGGACACCCAGUGUACUGUGAACAGCCAUGGGGACACCCAGUGUACUGUGAACAGCCAUGGGGACACCCAGUGUACUGUGAACAGCCAUGGGGACACCCAGUGUACUGUGAACAGCCAUGGGGAAACCCAGAGUACUGUGAACAGCCAUGGGGACACCCAGAGUACUGUGAACAGCAAUGGGAACACCCAGAGUACUGUUAACAUCAAUGGGAACACCCAGAGUACUGUGAACAUCAAUGGGAACACCCAGAGUACUGUGAACAGCCAUGGGAACACCCAGAGUACUGUGAACAGCAAUGGGAACACCCAGAGUACUGUGAACAGCCAUGGGAACACCCAGAGUACUGUGAAAGGCAAUGGGAACACCCACAGUCUGUAG